CCCCGCCCCGCCGCGCUGCGCUUUAGCUGGGCGCGGACUCUUCAAGAGCGGCAGUGCGAGCCGUGGCGGGCGCCGUGCUGUGCGGGGUUGAGGCGGCGCCGGCAGCGGCGCCGCUGCGGAGAACCCGCCGGACGCGGAGGUUUGCUGUAAACUACCUACCGUAGCUAUAAUGACACCAGCUCUCAGAGAGGCAACAACAAAAGGUCAUGGUAUCCACUUGUCACCUUCUUUGUCCUCUAGAGCUAUGGAGUCUGAUACAGCUUUGUGCAUGGAAAAUUCCAGAGCAGUGGAAGAGAAGAUAAAAGAGGACUCCAUCGCACGGAUUACUUGCUCAGUCCUGGGGUUCCCCACUGCUGAGCCCAGCCUCAGGAAUGAUAUCUUCAGUGUGCAGCAUUUUGGUUCCCCACCAUCCUCCAAGUGCUAUCAGUCGGUCUUGUUAAUGAGUACAAAUUCUGCGUUUAACAACAAAACUGGUAAGCAAACGAAAGCAGGAGAGCCUGGCUGCUCCAAGAUGAGAAAGUCAUUACAUAAUGGGGCUGACACAUCAUUUGGUCAUAUUAGUCAUUCAGAACCUGAGCAACAGGUCAAAGGGGCAGUGUUUUCAGAGACCACAUCUCCAAACUUAGCAGGAAUGCAGAGACUUUCAGGUUCAAGUGUAACUGAAUCCAGUAAUGCAGAAGAAAUGCAACUUUUAAAUGGUAAAUGGUACAAGAAGAAUGGGGUUUUGGGUAGGGCUUUGGAAGUCUGCACUGAAACAAUAAAAGGGGAUUUAUUACACCAAAUUCUUCGCGGGCCUUCAGAAGGGAUUUUGAGCUGCACCCAGGAGGAGGUGUGUGCUCGCUUACUCCAGUGUGUCACUAAGCAACAAAUGGAAAUCAGUCGCGCCAAAAGAACUCAGAAGCGUUUACAAAUGCUCCUGGCAAAGCAUGUUAUCAAACACUGUGAUCAGCAGCUGAAAUGCUUUGUGAAACAUCAGCUUCAGAGAAUGAAGGUUUUCCAUGAGCCAGCUAGAUUUUUGAGCAAUAGCUCCCUCAGAUGCACUGAAGGUUGGCCGGAAAACAACACAACUCCUUCGGAGAGUAGUUUGAGUGUGGAUGUACAGAACGGAGUUAGCGUCGCACCAGGUGAAAUCCGUAGCUUUGCACUUUCUACUGGAGGGCUGCUGUCUCGUGUGGAGAAGGACCUGGACUCUGAUGCAACGUGUAGCAGCUCAGAUGAAGAUGGUGAGGAACAGACUGUGGAAGCCAGCUAUACUUCUGAAUGGAAGUGGCUUGCAGACAGAGCUAGAAUUGGCAGCCGUUGGACAUGGCUUCAAGCCCAGAUUUCAGAACUAGAAUACAAAAUCCAACAACUAACUGACCUUCACAGGCAAAUACGUGCCACCAAGGGGAUGGUGGUCUUAGAAGAAUUCCCAUUUCCAAAAGACAUUUUGAAGAAGCAGAUCCAAUUGACAGAGCAAGAAGCUUUAUUAAACGCCACAGGGAAUUCCCAAGCUGCCAUUGAGAGCCAGGAUUCUUUGCCGGAGCAUGACUUUGAAAUGUCACCCAGCAGUCCCACUCUGCUUUUACGAAACAUAGAAAAACAGAGUGCACAACUAAGUGAAAUAAUCAGCAGCCUAAUUGCUCCACUCAAUCUGUCUCCAGCUUCUUCAUCUCUUUCCUCCAAGACCUGUAGACACAGACAGCUGGUCAAUGGUAUCUCCUUCAGAGCUUCAGACAAUAGAGAGGUGUCCUCUUCAAGCAGCUGGCUGCUUGACCAUCAGCACAUCAAGAAAAGAAGAAGAGACAGGACAAGGCUCAGAUCUGUCUCUGUGACUAAUGUGAGCACAUCUGCCCGAACAAGGCCACUUCAUCGUUUCCAGAAGAGGAAACUCUACAGAAUGCACAGUGCCUGUCACUGGAAUCAGCAGGAUCUGCAGCAUUUGGCAAAAUAUCAGAAACCUACAGAAGCCUCUAAAAAUACUUUUCCAUCUAGAGAUGCCUCCUUUCCAUAUAAAACUCAGUUUCCAUGUGUGGUGCCAGCCUCUGCUUUCAGCAGCAGUGAGUAUAGCACAGAAUCUAAAAUCCUAGAUUAUGUGCGAGAGCUGGACUCUUCCUUCCAUCCAGUCUUAUCAUUCCCUUCAGAUAUUCCUCUUCACAUAUACUUUGAAACAUUAUUAAGGAAGGAUGACAUCAAAGGAGAACCUGCUGAUACCUCAUCUUUGGGAGGGGACUUUAAAGUAUCUGCUGACAAUGACUACAAUCCACAUGUUUCUGUCAAACAAUGGAGCGGUGGCUGUUUGUCCAAUUCCAAAUCUCAGUUGGUGUUGGGAACACCUGACCAGCUGUCAGAAGGAAGAAAGAAAAGACAUCUAAGUGAGACAGCAGUAGGCGAAAGUAGCGCUCGUUUUGAGACAUUCUCCUUCCAACAUGCAGAGCCUGAGUCCCACAGCAGUUUUACUCCCACAAGCAGUGUCAGUGCCAUGUCUCGGCCCACUCACAGCACUUCAUCACAGCAUAACUCCAGGAGGAGGUUGAGAAGUGAGAGCUCCUAUGAUAUAGACAACAUUGUUAUUCCCAUGUCACUGGUGGCACCCUCAAAGCUGGAGAAACUGCAGUACAAAGAAAUCCUUACUCCAAGCUGGAGAGUUGUUGAACUUCAACCUUUGGAAAAAUCUCAAACAGAUGAAGAAGAGGUAGAAGACCUGUCAGACAAAGCCUUUUCCUGGCGCCACAGCAAGUACGAGGAGCGAGAGCGUGCGAGGUGGUCGCUGUGGGAGCAGAGCCACUGGCCCAGGAGGAACAGCAGAUCUUACAGCAAAAAUGCUGAUGGACGACACAGCCAGGACGUGGUGCAGAAAGACCAUUGCACUGCUGACCCUGCUCCUGACCCAGCUUUGGAAGCCCACAGCUCUGUUUGUUCAGGGAUGGCACCACUCUGCAGGGAGAGCCAGGAAGAGAAGUCCGGGCUGUGGGAACUUCGAGUUUUUCCACUAAACGAUGAAGAGGUAGAAGCUUUACUGUGCCAAGAUCAAGUAACGAAUCAGACUGAAAUGUCAAGUGCAACUUUCCCCAGCAACUCUUCCUGCACUCCAGGCACACCCACUGCUUUGCCAGACAAUGGCUAUGCACCAAGAAAACAAUCUACCCAAGAGUCAGAAGACUGCAAAAGCAUUUGCCUGGGAAGCAACAGUACGAGGAAACAAAGGUGACAGGGAAUAAUGUGGUUCAUUAAGAAAGCCAAUUAAGGUGGAGAGAAGUGUAAGGUAAAAUCUCUCGUUCACACAGCAUAUGACAGCACAAUUCAAAAUCUUUAUGUUAGCUGCGUAUAAUGUAUUUUCUUUCUUGCUUUGUAACAGGCAGGAUAAAUCCCAAAGACAACACUUUCUUCUUCCUGAACCCCAAGAGAAAGUAAUUAUUUCAAGCUGGAAGUCUAAUAUUCCCAAUGUCGGGAGUGGGUGCACAUAAAUUGCUGGCACCAUUCACUUUCUGUUGUCAUAUUGCCACAUUUGUCAAUAAUCAUCCUUUUCUGUUUGUUUUCAAAUGCAUAUCUGGUUCUAAUGGACUCUGGUGCAGCAGGAGAUGCUGUCUAUCUUAUCCAACAACUUCAACUGAACACAGAAAAACUACUUGAAAAUAGAGGGGAUAAGCAUUAGCCUCAGAUUAUUCUCCUGUGUGGCAGAGCCAUAGGGCAAAAACCUGUCUCUAACUGCACGUGUAAGGUGAGGGUAGGUGAGAACCAGCAGUUCAAAGCAGGGGAUCUGGAAGCCUUGCAUCUAGCUGAAGUCAUGGCUCUCAGUAGUGCCAGGGCAUGUUUCAUGGUGAAGUCCUCAAGCAAUAAGGUAGAAGCAGCCACUGCAUUGGCACAGUCAGUGUAUCUGACACAGGGGGAAGCAGGGUCUCUGCUUUGGGCCUGUGGGGAGGGAGAGACAGGAGAGAGGGGUUGAGCCAAAUCAGUGACACAGCCCAUGGAAUGCUGUGGUUUGGAUCAUCUUAUUUCCUUAGUCCUUCAGUAGCUAAUGAGGCUCAUAAUACUUUGCUUUAAUAUGUUAAAGUCUUGUUCCAAUUUCUGUACAGUGCCUUGUAAGAGUCUCAUAAGUAUGCCAACAUUUGGUGACUAGCUGGAAAGGAAAAGAUGAUUGAUGUCUUGAAGAGCAAUAAAAAAAAGCCCCAAAGCUUUCCAUUGUGAUUCUGGAUAGAUUUUUCAUUUCCCAAUACAUGCACAGUGAGAAAACAAAGGCAAGUUGUUUAAAACUUGCAUCUGAAUAGCAUAGCUUGGAAUGUAUCUGCAAUCCCAAGAGGUAUUAACAAAGAUUAAACAUUGAAUGUAGGUGUAAUCCACCAACAGGCAGUUUUUCUGUGUAGGACAGUUGAAGGCAAUUUAAUAGGAGUCUCUGUUUUUUGUGCAGUUUUCUUUCAUGUGUAAUAUCUGGAAUGACACUGGACAGAAGACCCAGUUUUAGUGUCAAUUUUUUUUUUUUUUUGGUCAAAAUGACAGGAAAUACACUGGGCAUAUGAAAACAGUUCAGUAAAGUUUCAACACUACAUCCUAUUGCUACAUUGUAGUUUAUUGCACAUUCUGAUUAUUUUUUUAAACACUUUUUUAACACUGGUUUGUCUUAAACUUGAAUCUUGCCUCAAUGUCUGAUACAAUAAUCUUUGAUGCAAGGUUGGUUUUUUAAUUAAAAGUUAUUUCUAUA